AACUGUUUGAUGACAGCAGAAUGGAAAUCUCAAAGCAAAGUAAUAGCACGUACUGGGCAAGGUGAUGGUAAAGGCGAGGUGAUUUUGAAAACCAAAACUGGAGGCAUUGGAACAUGUACAGUUUAUUUUAAUGCAAUACCAUUUAAUCCAGGUACACUACAUUUUUUAUAUUUAUCAUCUGUUUGAUAGUAAUUUAAUGCUACCAUAGUUCAUUAACUUAUUAAGUUGCAUUGUGCCCUAAAGUGCCGUACUUUAUUAUUUUACUUUGUCUAAUGCCAGAUUGUUUUACCCUCUCUGGUAACAGCCCUUGUGAUUGGCCUAUGUUUGCCUCGGCAAAAUUGGGGAUUUUUUUGCAGAGGAAGGCAAGAACAUUAUCAAUAUGCCUCGGCAUUUUCUUUGGAAAUUGCAGAGUACCAAGGCGAAUUACAAAGGCUGGCUCAAAGACUUACUCAACUCAUGCCUCAAACUUUACAUAGAUAGUUAGAUAGAUAGAUAUUUUAUUAUAAAAGCUACUUUGCAGCCACACUGGCUGAAUUAUGUAGAUUUUUACAAUAAUUUAUAACGUUAAAUAUUAGACAUGUUAACAAUGAGAUAAGUCUACUCAAUUAUUGCAGUACAGCAUGGAUGGUACAAAAGUGUUACUAAAGCGGUUAUUGUAACUCUUUGGAAGAUCAUAGAGGCAUUUGUGUCUUAAAUUAUACUUUGCUUGGCGUUUUGGUGACAGCAGUGCAUGCAACCUCGUUCCCAGGCUCUUACCUCUUGUGGAGGAAAGAUCCUGGUAGGAGCUGGUCACGUGAUCUGCUAAAAUCUAGCAGAUUUUUGACUAAUUAUCUUGGAUUCCUUUAAAAUCAAAUCAAACUUGCAAAACAAAAUGCAAGUUAUAAAUUAAAGUAUGAGACUAUAAAAUAUUUAUUAACAUCAUUAUCAUCAAUUAAAACUCAGCUAGAUUUUAGCAGAUCACAUGACAGCUCCUACCAGGGUCUUUCCUCCACAAGAAGUAAGAGUCUGGAAAUGAGGUUGGGAGAUUAUGGUCACUGUCAGUUGAUAUUUUACAGAAAAGCUAAUUUUCACACAGUCACAGUGUUUGUCUUCGGACAGUUUAGUCUACAUUGUUGCAGGCUUUCUGAAUGUGAAGCGAAGUGACAUUAACAAAGUCAUAAAUAUAAUUAUGCUAAAUUGUCACAUUAGGGAAGUAGACUGAAAUUUAUCCAGGGUUUCCAAUAAAAUUUAGAGUAGAGGCUUUUUGAAAGAAAUAUAAGAAAAAACAUACUCAGAAUAAUAAUGCCAUCUUGUAAACUCAAGAUACGAGUUACUUAAAGAAAAACAAGACGCAAAUUAUGGUCGUGAUAUUUCGACUCUAUUUCAGGGUCAUUAUCAAACCAAACUAAUUAAAUAUUUACAAACGUGCUCAGAUCUUUAUAAGGAGAAAUAUAGGAAAAUGACGUACUAAUCAAUGGGUGAUUCUAGCUAUGGACUAAAUUUUGAUCUAGGCAAGAAGAACAAAAUCCAACACCGCAGCUAGAAAGAGCAUCUUAGAAUGAGUAAAUCUGCAAAGAUUGGUUGCUCAAUGUUGUAAAGUGAAGAAAAUAUAGCCCUGUGAAGUUUGCAAAUUUUGUAUAUAUUUGUAUUACGCGCGCUAAAAAUAACCACUUUCGGCACAAAAAUGGUAUUUUUCCCGCGCGUAAUGCAAAUACAGUAUAUAGUACAAAAUUUGCGAACUUCACAGGGCUAUUUUUUCCUCAUUUUACAACAAUUCGCAACCGAAAAACUUUGCAGUUUUACUCAUUUUAAGAUGUUCUUUCCAGCUAUGGUAAUGGAUUCGUUCUUCUUGUCCAGAUCAAAAUUCCGUCUACAGCUGGAAUCAUCCAACGGAACGGAAGAAGAAAUACGAGGCGCUAUAUUUGCAAACACAUCAAUUACGGAAAAACAAUGAGUUUUUUCAAUGCCUUUAGACCACUAUUAAGUUCCAGCCAUGUAGUUUUGCAGAUUUUGUCUUUUUAUUCAAAGAAGAAGAAUAUAAUACAAAAGGACAGUAACUCCAAAUAACAUUUUGUAGCUUUAAUAAAUCUCGUUUAGAAAAAGUAAUGUUAUAGAAGCAAGAAGCCUUUCCCAUGACAUUUCUGUGGUAAAGAGGAAAUAUCUUAGGUUAUAAUUUUGAGAAAUAGCUGGUACGAUUUUCUACGCUAUGGAUGGCGAAAAUUGCCGCGGCUUCUUGCUUCUAUUGAGAACUCUCUGUGUUUCAGGUCCACUUGAGGAGUCCGCUAUUUGGAUUGAUGAAAUACCACCAGAUGAUAUACACACAAGCAGCCAUGGUCGCUCAACCACACAGUCAUCUGGGUAUCAAGAUCCCUUGGGAAUUAUUAAAGAACCUAAUAGGUAAUACAUUGUACAACAGGCCUCGAAUUUCCCUGAAAUCAAUCGACAGCAAUGGCGUUAAAAAUUGCCGUAGAACGUAACAGCUGUCUGCGGCAAUUUUGGCAGUUUCCACGGCAUUUUUCAAAUUACUGUAAUAAAACUUUAAUUUUAUUGUUACUUUGGAUUUUUGACAAGCUAUAGAAACAUGUCUACGUAUUUCUUUCGAAGAAAACUGAGACUAAAAUAGUGAUUUACGCAUGAUUUGAUCAACAUCUGAAUUCAAGUAUCAAAGUAGUAAUGCACAGUGAAUAGUAUACAAAUGGUAUACAUCACAAAAUUAGUAAUAUUCCAAAGUUUCGUUGCGAAAUGUUGUAAAAAGAGGAAAAUAGAGCCUUGCGAAAUUUGCAAUUUUCAGUCAUUUUGCAUUACAAACGGGAAAUUGCAGCCCCAACACCCGAAUCGGAUGUCAAUUUCCCGUUUGUAAUACAAAAUGACUGAAAAACAGCAAACUUCGCAAGGCUAUAUUAUCCGCAUUUUACAACAUUUUGCAACAAAACUUUGGAAUGUUACUAAUUUUGUGAUGCUCUUUCAAGCUGUGAUGAAAUUUUUGUCUAGAUCGAAAUUUUAGUUAUAAGAGGAAAGGUCCAUUGCCGCGAUAAAAUUCGAGCCCUGCUGUACAAUUGUCUUGAGCUCUUUACAAGCUUUACGAUGAGCUCUUUACGAUGAGCUCUUUACGAUGUUUUGUUGUAGGAAAAGAAGUGUUGAAGAAUACAUUGACGAUAUUUAUCCUGAAGGUACUGUACAUUGUAAUUAAGUGUUCUGAUGAAAAGAAUGUUAGGUUUUGAAAACAACUGUCAAAUUUAUAAUAAUAUACGAUCAUAAUUGAUCUCAAUUUCUGUAAAAUAUUUGAUGUAUUGUUGAAGUUUUAAAAUAUUUUUUAGGGUGUGAAAAUACUUUGAGUGUUGAUUUUAUACCAGCUGCUUUUCUUCUCAGAAAACACUGUGAUGUCAGGUACAGUCUUUCAUUCUAUCAUUUUAUACCUCUUCGAAUGAAAACUGGAAUGAUUGUGACUCCACGGACAUUGUUCGACCCAUUUCAUGAAAUUGGCCGACGUAGAGAGGAAACCACUGGACAUUCUGUCCGACCUAAGUAAAACUGAGGUUUAUUGUUUGUUCUACCCAAGUGUAUUGGUGUCCGACCUACAGUAACUGCAACUUUGUCCAACGUGAAUCAAAAUGUACCCUAGUCCAGGACUAGAGGCUCGUAUGUUAAAUGAAGAAUCAGAGUAAUGUGAACUGAAAAUUAUUAAUCACCGUGGGGUUCGAACUUCGAAGAUUCAUUGCCAAGAUUCAAAUGACUUUUCUAUACUGUAAAUGUGCUGAUAUUAAUUUGACUUGUGUCUGCAUUCAUACUUACUUCCAAGCCAAACUGAACUAAAAGUCAUCGGACAUACAUCGAACAUCACAAUACAUAUGUUCGACUCAAACUCAAAGUCGUCGAAUAUUUUGUCAGACGGUCUCUGACCGGUCUUUUAUGUCCUUCCUUGAAAUGUUUAAGGUUUGAUCAACUAAAAGAUGGUUUAGCAUAUCUGAAGAAGGAAGAAUCGCGACGAGCAACUGGACCACUUGCUUUUGUCAAAGAAAAUAUUGCAACAUUUAUGGAUGCUGAGGAAACUUUGACUGGUACGUGGCUGGCAGCUAACGGGUGUCCCCCAAGAACUGGACACUGUGUGAUUUGAUGUCACGUAAAAGCUAUAAAAGCUAUCGCAAUGAAAUAAAGAACAUUGCAUUCAGAAAGGACUAACUUAGAUUUUGAUAUAUAGCACUUGAAUUUACAUGCAAUAUUGACUGCACUAUUGAUAUUUGAACGUUGAACUACUGUGUUUGAAAAUGCCAAAAAUUAGCAUAAAACAACCUUAUAAUUACCGAUGUAGUUAUACUUGUUAAAUAAUAAAUAUUUUUAUUUUGUCAAUGUCAAUGUAAAGGCAGCUCUUUCUCCUCGAUUAUUUUGAAGACCUUGAGUAGAGGUCCGACCAAGGACUGAACCCUGGUCUCCCAUCUUGAAAGGCAAGCAUGGUGACCAGUGCUGUUAUUUGUCUCGGUUUGUAGCGACUCGGACAGGUGACAAAUGACCUCAACUCAAAACGUCAAAGGAUUUUCUAUAGUUUACGCGUGCUUUAUGUCAGCUUGUUGUGGAGUACUACCUACGCUUGACCUCCACGUUUGAGAUAUCUUUUUCAGGUAGUUCAGAUAUAAAUCACCAGCACCCAGUAAACAAUAAAUUCAAAUUAAAUUCAUUUGAGUAAAUGAAAUAGUCCUUUACUUGAUUCUCUUCGAUUUGUGACGGUCAACUUCGCACUGAAGUGAUGAAAAUUUCAAAAUUCAUUUUUAGCGGUUCAAAGGGAAAUGCUUAAAGAUCAAAGUGGCAGCAAGGGUGGCUCACUUGCGGAAGCCUUAGGAUCUUAUUUACAAGGUACAGCCAGUUUUACAGAUUUAUCAUACGUGUGACACACUUACACACUUAUUGGCAAACCAGCCUAUAUGCUAUGAUUUUGUAUUUAGGUGCCAGUAAGCAUGCUGAUGCGUUAUUUCAAGACGUGUUAAAACGUAAAGACGACGCAGAUACGAUGAGAAACGCACUCAGUGUUUUACAUCGAUUUAGAUCACUGUUUAGUUUGCCGCAAAUUAUUGAGAAAAAUAUUAACCAGGUACAGUAGUUUUAAAUCAUUUAUCAAUGGUGGUAUAUUACAGUAUAUGAACAGGGUUGAGAUGGUGGUAGUGGUUAUGGUGAUGAUGGUGACAAUGAUGUAGGUGAUGGUGAUGGUCGUGAUGGUUAUAUGGUGAUGGUACUGGUGAUGAUGGUGACAAUGAUGGAUGUGAUGGUUAUGAUCGUGAUGAUGAUUGUGAUGUUUAUAUGGUGAUGGUACUGGUGAUGAUGGCGGUAGUUGUGCUAGUGGUUAUGAUGGUGAUGAUAUUGUUGGUGAUGUUAUUGAUGAUUGUGAUGAUCAUAGUGGUGAUAAUGAUGGUAGUUGUGAUGGUUGGUUAUGAUGGUAUUGUAGAUUGUGAUGUUGCUGUUUGUUGUGAUGUUCAUGAUAGUGGUAGUGGGUGUUUGUUGAUGGUGGUAAUGAUGGUUGAUGAUGGUGGUGGUGGUAAUGAUAAUGAUGGUGCUGGUGUCUGUGGUACUGCUAAUGAUGAUGAUAGUAGUGGCGAUUGUUGAUAGUGGUGAUGAUGGUGAUGGUAGUGGACCAGUGGUGAUUGUUGAUGUUGAUAGUGGUGAUGGUGAUGCGUGUGGUGAUUAUUGAUGGUGGUGAUGGUGAUGGUGAUGGUGAUGGUGAUGGUGAUGAUAGUGAUGCGUGUGGUGAUUAUUGAUGGUGAUGGUGGUGAGGGUAGUGGUGAUUUGUAGUGAUGAUGGUAGUGAUGGUAUUCGUGAUGAUAGUUUAUGAUGACAAUAAUAAUGAUGUCGAAUCUGAUUUUCAUUCUUACAGGGUGACUAUGAAAUGGUUGUCAAUGAUUACUCCAAGGCCAAAUCACUAGUUUCAGAUAAUGCUCCGAUUGUUUUUAAAAAAGGUACGACGUUACAUUCUUUUUUUUCUCCGAAUUUCAAAUUAACCAAAGUCUUCUUGUCUUUCAUAUUUUAGUUUUGGAAGAAGUCGAAAGCAAAGUGGAGAAGUUUCGAAAUCAACUACGAAGUCGUUUGUCCAUUUUACCCAUACCUUUGAAAGACAUGAGAAGAUACAUCAAGUAUGGCUUUCAUUUUU